AUGUCUACCACGGCUCUUAUGACGGCUACUACAACGGCGUCUUCAGCGACGGCUACUUGUACAACUGCAGUGCCUGGAAAAUAUGGCCGUGUUCCAGUUGAUGCAUGCAACUCCAACUACUACUUCGACCCCAGCUUCGCUGCCAAUCUUGCUUUUUGUAUGCUCUUCGGCCUCACUACCAUAGCCCAUCUCGCCCAGGCGAGAUUCUGCUGGGUAGCUAUCAUGGGUGCAACUUGGGAAACAAUUGCAUUCGCUUUCAAGACUCUUGGAAGUCAUGACCAACAGAAUCUCACAUACCUCACUGUGGGACAGAUCCUUUUCCUACUUGCCCCCCUUUGGAUCAAUGCUUUUGUAUACAUGGGAGUAGCGCGAAUGGUAUAUUUCGGAAUGCCCUCUCAGAAGCUCCUAGGUAUCAAAGCCGUUCGCAUGACACUCCUUUUCGUUUGGUUAGAUGUCAUUCUCUUCCUUGUGCAAGGUACGGGUGGUGUCAUGCUAUCAAACACGGACGCCGAUAGCGAUACAAUCGAUAUUGGAAUGAAGGUCUACAUGGCUGGAGUCGCCCUGCAGCUCGCCGUUGUCCUUGUCUUCAGCGGCAUCACUGUCUUCUUUUACUUCAAGCUGCGACAGCUCGAGGGUCGAAGUAUGGGAUGCAUGAAGUGGCUCAUCUGGACCAUGGUGGCUGUUCUCAUGCUGAUUGUGGUAGGUAUUCUUUGUCCAUUCACGUGUUACCAAGCUGACAAGGUCAAGACUCGAAUCGUAUAUCGCCUAGUUGAAUUUGGCCCUGGUGUUAACGCGCAUAACACACUUCUUAUCCACGAGGGGUAUCCACUAGGUCUGGAUGCUACACCGAUCUUGAUUGCCCUCGUAUUGCUCAACAUUAUGCAUCCUGGCUUUGUCCUCCGUGGACCAGAGAGCGAGUUCCCCAAGUUGUCCCGCAAGGAAAAGAAGGCACUGAAGGAGCAGAAGAAGCAAGCCAAGAAAGAUCGCAAGGCUGGAGUUCAACAACUUGAAGAAUUGUCUAUUGACAAGCGGUCAAGCAGCAGCAGACAGGUCGUCUGA